CCUGACGAUUAAACACACGGAAGAUCCUUCUGCACAAUCGCAGAUUGCUUCACAGCGUUCCAACCACCAUUACAGUCACCAUCCCAGAUCAGUUGUACACCUCCCGAAAGCAAGCAGGCCUCCCCAUAUAAACCCGCUAACCCAACCACCACCCCCAUUUACGCCUCCGCACGGGCCAUCGCCACCGGCACGCCGCCUCCGAUCCGCAACGCAUCCGCCCAUGGCCAAGCGCCUCUUCCACUCCUGCCGCUCGCCCUCCGCCGUCGCCGCGGUCACCCCGACAACCACCCUCCGCAGCGUCAGCGAGCGCCCGCCCGUCGUCCCGGUCACCGCGGGCGGCGCGUGCCGCCCGCGCCGCGGGCCUCGGCGGCGCCGGCCCCAGCCCCCGGCAUCCUGCGGCCCCGGGGGCUGCGCCGUGGACUACGGCGCCGACGACCUCCCGCCGGCGCCUGGCACGCCCGCGUACCGCUGGCUCAAGAGCUCCCACUGGCACGUCAUCGAGGCCGCGGACGCGUAUGCCUCCGACGGCGACGGCGACGACGACACUCCCCGCGUGAAGAUCGACGCCCGGCGCCGGGUGCUGCACUCGCGCCGGCGGCGGCGCAGGGUGCUCCACCGCAGGGAGCCGGGGCCCGGGAGCUGGUCGUCGGGUGACAGCGGCUGGUUCAGCAGCGACGACGACGACGACGGGCCGUUCGAGGAGUCGUCGUCGUCAGCGGCGCUGCAGGUGUCGUCUACCACGACGACCGAGUCCUCGUCGACGGGCGCGAGCGGGAACAGUGCCGGCGCUGUCGCCGGCGCCGCGGGGCGGAAGGAGGAGGCAGCGGCCGCGUUCGCCGGGGGCUUCGCGGUGGUGAAGCGCUCCGACGACCCGCGCGGCGACUUCCGGCGGUCCAUGGCGGAGAUGGUCGUCGGGCGCGGCAUCUACGACGCGGACGGCCUGGAGCGCCUGCUCCGGUGCUUCCUGGCGCUCAACGACCGGCGCCACCGCCGGGACAUCGUAGCGGCGUUCGGCGACGUGUGGGAGGCCAUCUUCGAAAGCCCACCGCCCUCCCACUCCCACCCCAACACAGCCGCCACCUCCUCCCACGCUUCAAGCUUCGAGGCUGCCACCGCGACUCAUCCGUAGACGGCUAGAAGACCGAUGUGCUUAUUGCACGCGUAGGAUUAUCAUGUAAAAAAAUGCGAUUAAGUUGUUCGUACAUGUAGGCGCCUGUAAAUUACGUUUUCUUGCU